UCAGUCUUGUCGCGCUUUCACCAUGAGUCGCGUCCCGAUCCUGUUGGCCGUGUUUCUGGCCAUUUCUGCCGUUACCCAGGCGGCGGUGGUGCGCACCUUCCCGCCCCUCGAGCAGUUCGGACAGCUCCUGGAGCAACCCAAUGCCCGCGCAUUGGUUCCGUUCGCCGACGAGGAUAACUAUCGCCUGCCCAACGACACGAUCCCCAGCCACUAUGCUGUCAGUCUGACCACGAAUGUCCACACGGGCGAGACCAAGUUCACUGGCACCGUGGCCAUCACUCUGUCGGUAGUGACCACCACUUCUAAUAUUGUGGUGCAUGCCCGCCAGCUGGAGAACUUCACCGCCAGCAUCAUCCAGCAGGGUGUGACUGGUGCCACUGCCCAGGAAUUGACUUGGUCAUACGAGCAGGAGCGUGAGUUCCUCACCCUCAGCAAGACGGAUCUUUCGUUCACCGAGGGCACCACCUGGGUGCUGACCAUCAACUACGAGGGCAACCUGCGUACGGACAAUGGUGGCUUCUAUCUGUCCACCUUCACUGAUGACAGUGGGGCCACCAAGUAUCUGGCCACCACCCAGUUCGAGUCCACUGAUGCCCGUCACGCCUUCCCCUGCUACGACGAGCCCGCCAAGCGAGCCCAGUUCACCAUAACGGUCAAGCACGAUCCCAGCUACAAUGUGAUUAGCAACAUGCCCAAGGAUGAAGCUGCCUCCAGCUCCGGCGUCACCGCUUUCCAGACCACCAAGGACAUGCCCACUUACCUGGUGGCCUUCAUUGUCUCCGAGUUCGUGUACACCGAGGGUGAGUUCAAUGGUCUGCCGCAGCGCGUCUUCUCCCGCAAGGGAACCGAGGGCGACCAGGAGUGGGCUCUGACCACUGGUAUGUUGGUGGAGAAGCGCCUGUCUGAAUACUUUGAUGUGCCCUUCGCCCUGCCUAAGUUGGACCAGGCUGGCAUUCCCGACUUUGCCGCCGGCGCUAUGGAGAACUGGGGUCUGGCCACCUACCGAGAGGAGUAUAUACUCUACAACCCGGAGAACUCGACGAUUAACACACAGACGAACAUUGCCACCAUUGAGUCGCAUGAGGAUGCGCACAUGUGGUUCGGCGAUCUGGUGGCCAUCGAGUGGUGGACUUUCCUGUGGCUGAAGGAGGGCUUUGCCACCCUCUUCGAGAAUCUGGCUGUGGAUCUUGCCUAUCCCGAGUGGGACAUCUUCCAGAUCUUCCAUGCCGGCUCCUACCAGAGUGCUCUGGUCACCGAUGCCAGCCCCUCUGUCCGUCCCAUGAGCCACUUUGUGCAGAAGCCUUCGGAGAUUGCUUUGCUGUAUGACUCGGUGUCGUAUGCCAAGGCUGGAAGCGUUCUGGAUAUGUGGCGCCACGCCCUCACCAACAAGGUGUUCCAGCGCGGUCUGCACAACUAUCUGGUGGACAACCAAUACAAGGCCGCGAAUCCCACAAAGCUGUUCGAAGGCAUCGCCAAGGCCGCCGUUGAGGAGAACUAUGCCGUGCCCGCCACCGUUGCCGAGAUGAUGGGCAGCUGGACGAACCAGGGCGGAGUGCCGCUGCUGACCGUGACCAGGGACUAUGAGGCUGGAACUUUCACCGUCAAGCAGUCCGUGUACACCAACGACAAGGACUACACCAACGACAAGCUGUGGUACGUUCCCAUCAACUAUGCCGACUUCUCGAACAAUGACUUCCGGAACACGGAGGCCACCCACUAUCUGCUGAACAAAACCGAACUGGUCGUCGACGCCAAGCUUGACAGCGAGAACUGGCUGGUGCUGAACAAGAAGUCCGUAUUCUAUUAUCGCGUCAACUAUGACUCCCGCAACUGGCAAAUGAUCAUCAAUACCCUGACCACGCGUCCGCAUACGAUCGAUCCCCGGAACCGUGCCCAGUUUAUCAACGAUCUGUAUCGCUUUGUCACCAGCGGACGUGUGGAGCACUCUACUCUCCUCCAGCUGCUGACCUACCUGCCUCACGAGGACAAGUACUCGCCGUGGUCUGCCGCCAAUACGGUGAUCACCUUGUUCAACCGGUAUCUGAGCACGGAUGAGGCUUACGGAGACUUCCAGUUCUACGCGGCCCAUCUGGUCAGUGAUCAGUACGACAAGUUCGGUGUGAAUGAUCUGCACGGUGAGCAUCAUCUGGUGAAGUAUACCCGCAAUGUGGUGAUCAACAUUGCCUGUCUGGUCGGUGUUCAGAGGUGUUUGACUGAUACCACGGCCAAGCUGACCGCUCUGGUGGAGCAGGGCACAGCCAUCGAACCCAAUUUGCAGUCGCAGGUUUACUGCAAUGGUCUCAGACAGGCCGACUCCAAGAUCUUCGACUUUGUCUACAACAAGCUGAUGAACUCCAACGACCAGGCUGAGCGCCGCCUCCUGAUCUCCGCCUUGGGUUGCACCCAGGACGUCACACUGCUGGAGAAGUUCGUGUCCAGCAGCAUUGACCAGACCAACAGCCUGCGCGUCCAGGAGCGCAUUACGCUGCUCAGCCCUGCUUACUCUCGCGGUGAGGUGGGUCUGCUGGCCUCGAUUGAGUUCCUGCAGAAGAACUGGGAGGAGUACGCCAACCUGAACAGCGGUUUCGGUGGUGUGAAUCCCCUCUACAGUGAUAUUGUGGGCAUUUCUGCCUACACGGUCAAUGCCAAGCAGCAGGAGGAGCUCCAGAAGCUGGUGGAUCUCGUCAAGAAUUCGUCCUACGUGCCAACAACUCUGCAGGAUAGCGUGGAUGCCAAUGUGAAUGCUAACACCGAAUGGCUGACGGCCAACCGUAAUCCUCUGAUGACCUGGGUCGCCGGUUUCCGCAGCGGUAGCCCCGCCUUGGGAGCCUCCCUUCUGGCCGUGCUCCUGUGCCUCCUGGUCGCCAAGUUGGCGUAGAUUCCAACCCGCUUGUAGUCUCCUAAGUUAGUUGUAGAUCCUCGCACUCGUGAGCUAAUAAAUUUCAAUAAUUCCCUAA